AAUAAAUAUAUUUAUUAAAAUAAAAUUUUGUUUAAAAAAAUGAAAUUAUCAAUAUUAUUAGUUGGUUCAAUAAUAUUAGCUAGCUCAUUAUAUGCUAGUAGUAGUAAUAUUAGUAAUAGCAAUGAGUUUAAUGGGAAAAAUUGGGUUAUAUUAUGCUCAGGUAGUAAAACCUGGUAUAACUAUGCUCAUGGUUCAAACAUCUAUCACAUGUAUCAGCUAUUCCGGGCCCGGGGUAUACCCGAUGAGCAGAUAAUUGUUUUACAUUACGACGAUUUGGCUACUCAUCCGAGAAACCCGACACCCGGACAAGUGAUUAAUACGCCUACCGGUCCCAAUGUCUACGUGGAUGUACCCAAACAUUAUACAGGCAACGAUGUUAAUCCGGAGAAUUUUCUAAAAGUACUUAAAGGUGAUAAAGAGUUAGAAUCGCGGGGCAAACGUGUAUUAAAAUCGGGACCCAAUGAUCACGUUUUUGUUGUAUUCAAUGAUCACGGUGGACCGGGACUUGUAAUGUUUCCCAACGAUCCACUACACAAUACCGAAUUAAUAGGUGCACUAAAAUAUAUGCAUCAAAACAAUAUGUAUUCAAAAUUGGUUUUCUAUUUGGAUGCAUGCGAAUCAGGUUCAAUGUUUGCUAAACUAUUGCCUGAUAAUCUAAACAUCUAUGCUGUUUCAUCAAGCGCACCCGAUCAGGACUCAUAUUUUUGGUAUAUGGAAAAAAAAUUUGACAGUGUACCAUUAAGUGCAUGGUUUAUUAUUAAUUUUAUCAACCAUACUACAAACAAUGAUAUGAGCACAGUUACCUUGGACAGACAGUACCAGUAUUUUGUAGAUACCAGUGAUAUAGUUGAUCCAACACAGGGCAUGACCAAAGAGCACCCUGGUCAUCAGGAUAGUAAACGUUAUGGUGAUCUAUCAAUUGGCAAACUUACAGCUGAUCAAUUUUUUGGUAAACUUAAACAUAACAUAUCAUACCAACCAAUUGAAUUUAAUAAUAAUAAUAAUAAUAAUAAUGUAAUUGAGCAUGCUAAACAUAUUGAUCUACCAAUUUAUUUGGCUGAACAACGUUUAAUAGAUGCUAAUACUAAUAGUGAUAAAUUAAGAUAUGUUGCAAAACUUGAGAGUCUAUUGAAUGGUCGGCAACUAAUUGAUAAUAGUUUUGUUAAUUAUGUCAAACAAGUGAUACAUUUGUUAUCAUCAACUAGUGUUGAAUCGAUAGUCAAUAAUAAACUAGAAAUCAAAAACAAUGAUCAAAAUAGACAUUGUUAUCGACAAUUGGUUAAUACAUUUCAUCGCAAAUGUUUUAACUUGAAUCAGAAUCCAUACGUAUUGAAAAAAUUGCAAAUAUUUGUCAAUAUUUGCAAUUCAAUCAGUAAUUCAAUAGAUAGUGAAAUAAUUGAUAAACAAUUGCAAAACUAUUGUCUGGAAGAUCAAGAGUUUACUACUGUUACUGAUAUUGAAUAAAAA